UUAAUCAUUAGAUAAUUAUGAUGUCCUGGGAUUUGGUUUUCUGGGCAAAUAAGGAAGCUGUUGACUAUAUUCCUUCAAGUUGGGCUCUUGAUGAAGUAACUUAUAAAUGGCCCCUAGGAGUUUCACAAGAAGUAAGACAAGGCUUAAUUGAUACAUGUGAUCCAUUAAAAAACAUUAAGUAUCGAACAAGCAGAGGGAUAGCAAGAAAAAAAGGAAUAACUGACUUACAAAAUGCCAAGACCUUAUGCGAGAGAGCUCUAUAUACUUCUUCUGUAGAUACUACGACCGACGCUGAAACUCCACAAAAUUUGGAUAAUGAUAGCAGCGAUGACCAAAAUGUAGAGCCUCCUGAAAAAACUGUCCGUUUCAGUAUAUUUAGAAAGUCGCGUGAAACUCCACCGGCUUUUACACCGCCGAUUGCAACAAAAUCUUUGGGGAGUGAAAAUACCACUGACAGCCCUAAAAGUCAAAACACAGGUUUAAGUAAGCUAUCAUAUAACAGCGUUAAUAGUCAGAGAAAUAGUAGUGAUGAUGAUGAUUUACCACUUAAAGAACUUGUGGUCCCCAGUACAUCCUCAAACUUUCAUGUAACUGCUGAAGGACCCGACGAUUUUACGCCAAGCAAAAGGAAAUCUUUAUUUCAAGAAAAUUUAAAUAUCAAAAAAUAUAAAGUACGUUGUAUGGCUGAAUCACCAUCGGUUUUGAACAAUGGUCAAAGGGAAUUAGACACAAGUCCAUUUGAGCCGUCAGUAGCUUUAACAGUUUCUGAGAGAUUGAUGUUAAAAGAAAUAAAAAAGUUGAAUUGGGAAAUACAGGAUAUGAAAAAAACAGUAAACAAGAUUCAGGACCUGUUGCUCACAAAUAACAUGAUUAAUAUUGAAAGUUCUAGUGAAGAACCUUUUCAACUACCAAUUAAGAACCAGGCUUUACUAGAAUCUAUAGAGCAGCAUUUAGAAGAUGAGAAAAAUAUUGAACUUUUGGCUCAACGAUUAUACCUUUGUGGAGGGGACAAUACCCACAAAUCUGUUUUUUUAUUAAUGAAAAAACUGUUUUCCAGAGAUUUAGCAAUGCUCUAUUCUGGAUCAGGAAAGAAGGGAAAAUUAUCAUUUCAGAAGUUGUCAUGUUAUAAGGCUGUUAUAAAAGCUGUUCGGAAACGUUUUCCAGGCGCCACGGAUGCAGAUAUUAACAAAUCUAUAUCUUUGUAUUUGGCAGGAGCAGCAGACAGGGAAGGAGGACGUAAAAACAGAGAUGCCCAAUAA